GGGAAUUCUUACAGGUUAUGCUAUGGAUUUAUAUUUUACAGGUUUUAAUUACAUAUCUCAAACAGGUAAAAACAAGUAACAAGUAACCAGGAUAAACUCCACCACUGCAACUACAACAUUUACAACAAUCAGAACUACCACUACCAUCAAUAUCACUAGUACAUCACCAUAAUACCCCCAGAAAUAAACUAUGGACGCAGGAUACCACAACGAAGAGCCUUCUACGCCACCAGCACAGUAUUACAAGCGAAAGGAAAGAACAACUCCAACCAGAAGACUAUCACUUGAUGCUUUAAAUACUCCUGUCAGUUUAACCAAAAAUCUCAACAGAAGCCAUGGCCAUAGUGCUUCUAUAACCAAAAGACGUGACAGUCAUCGUAUGUCCAAUUCUCAUUCCCAUUCCCAUUCCCAUUCCCAUUCCAGUCUCAGUUUCCGAGACUCCUCCUCAGUAUCAUCUAAUUUGUCGGCUUUUCUUCUAAGUCCAGGCUUCACUCCUAUUAAGUCUAAUCAAUCAGAGUCUCGUGAAUCGUCUCCUCCUUCAUCACCUAUCCGUAAAUCCCCCCUACAGAAUACUGUUCGCAAACUGACUGUAGGUAGAGGUAGAAUCCCCAGUAUUCCUGUGUUUCCCAAUUUGGAACUGGAACCACUACCUGCUCCAGAUGAUAGUAUAAGUAUCAAUAUAAAUAUACCUCUGGAAAUAGAUGUAUCGGAUACCCCCCACACACCGGCCAGAAACAUAAUAACAGAACAGGAUAUACGACAAUGGUACGAAGAUCAGAAUCCACAACAACAAGAACAGAAUUCAGAAGAUGAAGAGGAAGAACACGAUAUCAUACGACAGUACUUGGGAGCCAAGCCUAGAGAAGCAGGUUUGGAAAACCCCUUCCUUGAGACAAGCAUGUCGUCAUCUUCUACUAGUACCACUACCCGAAUAUCUAACCCAUUUAUAACUGCUCCUAAAGUAGACUAUUCCACCCACUUGGAGUUGGUAAAACCCAAUGGGGAAAAGUUUGUGGAGGAGUUAUCACCCCGGGCUAAAAUGAUUAAGCCCAAGAAGUUGAACUUCAGUAAUUUCAAUACCCUCCCACCGCCUCCACCAUCAUCUCCAUUCCAUAUCCCACCAUAUGCCAGUUCUUUACUAUCGAAAAGUAAUCCACUUAAUCCGGACAUUAGUUCCAAGUAUAUUAGUAAGAACUUGAAUGGGUUAUUCAAUGCUAAGCCCAAGAAUGUUCUUGACUUUGAGAUCUACAAUGACGAUAAGGAGAAUAAGGAUGACUUUAAUUAG